AUGGGACAUCCAUUGCCACCGUCCUCAGCCACCCCUCCUUCUCGUCGUGGAUGGUGGUCACGACCAAUAGUGACUCCGCCGGCACAGCCUGAUUGUAAAUCCAAUUGCAAUGAAUGUACGCUUUGCCUUACACCAUGUUGCGGCGGUAUAUUGACCUUCAUUGCCGUAUGGAUAUGUCUCGGUAACUUCAUCUUCAAUGCUCACUGCGACGCCAAAUUCUCAAUCCAGUCCAUCGCCAUCUCUCCCUCCUCCGCCACAUGGCACGUUGAUUUCCUCGUCAAAAGCCCUAGCUCUAGGUUUUUAAUCUUCUACGGAGGCGAUGAAACUGCAGUGAGGCUCGGUCCCUUACACGCUGCCGUUUUAAAUACUUCUCACGCACGUAAGUCUUCAAGCCACACGGAUUUCUCAGUGGAUUUCGUUGCGGAGGGGAAUUCAACCGACGCUGUUUCUGAACAAUUACAAAUCAAAUUAAGGGCGAAUCAUAAUGUUUACGCAUUUCAUCCUGAACCAGGACAUAUUGAUAUAACGUGUUAUAAUCUGACACGAAACCAUGAUAACGUCGAGAAGGUUCAGCAGUGUUACUCUUCUUUCAAAGCAUUGAAAGAACUUUUUGCCGAUUCCGUCUCCGUCUCAUCCUCUAACUGGAGGGUAGGACUUAUUGCGACGAGUCCAGUCUCCGACUGCGAAAUCUCUCUACGUGCACUCAAGUCUAGUUUAAUCCGUGGCGAUCAAGUUAUCUCCAAUUCAUCUUCGGAGUUUUUUGGACAAUUUGUCACCGGAAACAAAAUAGAUGUCGUUUUCCAGAACGUGGUGAUGCCGGCAGUUAUUGGCGACGUGAUUUGGGAUUUUCGUGUUCAGGUUUGGUCUGCAGUGGACACACAUGUUCGUUUUGGAAACGGGUUUUUGAUGGUGUCUUGUCCCGAUAUUCCGGUGAAAUUCACGACGGAUACGGCGGGGAAUGUGAUGGGAUCGUUGCUUGGAAAUAUAAGACGGUGUGAUUAUAUUUACCAGAAAAAAUUGGCUUAA